CAUCCUCGAGCGCUCCCCGUUAAAAGAAGAAAACAAAUCGGUUGACAGACAGACAGCGCGUCCCGGAUGGAAUUGGAGCCGGUGACCUCCGAGCAGCGAGCACUGGGCAGAGGAGAGAGAGGAGGGGGGGGGGAGAGCAACUUGGUGAGAGAACCUCACCGAUUUACGUUUACGUUUCUCACCAUGACUCUUGCGCUGGCUGCUUUUCCGCCACAGCGGAGGGGAUUCUUAUUCACGUACAGAAGAAAGAAACCGACAAACCUCUGAGGCAAACCAAAGAGAGAGCAUUACCGGGAAUUCCGCUCUGUUCCAUUAUUCGGUUGGAUCCUAAUAGCUGGUGGAAGUUGUCCCCGUGGGGGUUAUGAUGGCUUCGGGCACCGGUAAAGCCCCGCAGCCCCCCGGGCCAGGCUCCGGUAGCCUUAAUGGGACUGCAGCAGACUUACCGAACAUAGAACAGGAGCUGUACGAUUAUCAGAUGCAUGGCAAGAUGUGCAAGAAGAUAGCUCAGCUAACCAAGGUGAUCUAUUCUCUGAACACUAAGAAUGAAGAGCAGGAGGCGGCCCUUCAGGCCAUAAGCCACGCCCACCGGGAAGAGCUGAGGCGGGUUGCCGUGGAGAUGUAUCCCGAUGGGGAGGAGUCCGUGCUUAGGACACGCCUCUUAGAGCUUCAGGGAACUCUAGCUCAGGUUCAGGCAGACUUCGAGAGCUACCGUGUCCAGGCAGAGGAGAGGGAUCGUGGGGUAGAGGCAGAGCGGACGAGGGACUACGAGGAAAAGCUCCGGGCCCUGGAGCUGCAGAGACGGGAGGCCCGGGCCCAACUCAACGCGGCCCACGACGAGAGCCUCCGACUGGGUAGGGAACUGGAGAAGGCCGGGGAGGCCGCACAGUGCACGGAGGUCCGAUGUGAGGAGCUACGGAAGAAAGGAGAAGAGGAGCGAGGGAAGUGGGAGGAGACUGAGAGAAGGACACUCCUCUCGGAGGAGGUGAAGACUCUGAGGAAAUGGAAGGAGCAGGCGGAGGAAGAGAGGGAGGAAGCAGUGAGAGAGGAGAGGGAGAAGUGGGAGAGGCGGAUAAAGGAGGUGACACAGGAGAAGGAGGAGGAGAAGAGGAGCAUGGAGGAGGCGUACAGGGAGGAGAGACGGCAGUGGGAGGAGAGAGAGGAGGAGGAGAAGAGGAGCAUGGAGGAGGCGUACAGGGAGGAGAGACGGCAGUGGGAGGAGAAGAGAGGGAGGAGUACGGUACUGAGAGAGAGAGUGAGGAAGGUGGAGGGAGAGAUGGAGAGCAGUCUGCAGCAACUCAACGAGAGCAAGAGACACGCUGCCAAACUACAGGGCAGAAUACAGGAUCUGGAGGAUGAGUUGGAGUCGGGGAGGAGGCGUGUCUCAGAGGCAGAGGGCGGGGCUAAGAGGGCAUGGGAGGAGUUAGUCGUGGCCAAAGAGAGACUACUGCUGCAGGAGGAGGAGCUGCAGACCAAAUCAGAGGAGCUGCUGAGUCGUGGUGUGUGUGAGGGGUGUGUUUGUGUUAACAUGGAGGAGUUGAAAGGUCAGAUGAACAAACUGCAGAGCAGGAACAGGGAGCUGGAGUUACAGAGCAGCGGGAGGAACAGCGACCACGCCAGGCAGAUCCGACAGCAUGCGGAGGCCCUGGCUAGUCUGCGUUCUGAGAUGGUGAGGGCCCAGUCAGAGGAGCUCCGUAGAGAACGGAGACACGCAGAGGUGGAGAAGGAACGAAUGCAGAAAGAGACGGAGGAAGAGAGAGACAGACUGCAGAAAGAGAUGGAGGAAGAGAGAGACAGACUGCAGAAAGAGAUGGAGGAAGAGAGAGACAGACUGCAGAAAGAAAGAGAGAAACACGAGGAUGAACUGCGGGAGGAAAAGGAGAAAGAGAGAGAACGCCUGCAGAAAGCCACGGAAGAAGAGAGACAACGAUCACUGAGAGAAAGACAGGAAGAGAGGGAACAACUGCAGAAAGAGAUAGAAGAGGUGAAAGGAAGAGUGAGAACGCAGAUGGAGGGAAACCAGGAGCUUGUGGAGGAGGAGAAGAAGAGAGGGAUGGAGCAGGUGGAGGAGGAGAAGAAGAGAGGGAUGGAGCAGGUGGAGGAGGAGAAGAAGAGAUUGGCAGAGCAGGCGGAAGUAGAGAGGAACAGAUUGAAGGAUCAGGUGAAGAGAGCGAUUGAAGAGGUGAUGAGGAGACAUGCAGCUGAACUCCACAACGCCCAGGAAGCACUGAGGAGGAACCAGGAGGCGUGUGUGCGUGUGCAGGAGGAGAGGAGGAGCGGUGAGGAGGUGUGUCGAAGGCUGGAGACCGAGAGGGAGGAGCUUGGAGAGCAGCUGCAGCAAGCAACCAAUCAGAUCUGGCGUUUGGAGUGUGUUAUGCAGAAGCAAAGUCAGGGGGGUGUGGCCUCUGAAACUCAUCCCACCUGCGGAAUCCACUGUUCCCACCUCCGAGAGGAACUACAGCACACACAGGAAGAGAUGGAGCGGCAGAGAGAGAGUUACCAGAGAGAGAUGACAGGCCUGAGAACAGACAAACAGAGACUGGAGGAGAAGGUUCUAGAGUUCAACCAGCGGACCCAAGAGAACACAGACAGAAACGUUCUAGAACACGGCCAAGAGAAAACUGACGAGAGAAUCCGGGCAGAGUGUGAGGAGCGCCUGAGGGCGGAGUUUAAGGCGGAGCUUGAUGCGGCUGUUGCCACGAGCAACCAGAGAGAGCAGGAGCUGCAGACUCAACUAGCCGAUCUACAAUCACAGGUGGAGAGGAAGGCGGGGCCAGCAGAGGAUCACCAUGACGACAGUGAGAUUGACAGGCUGCGAAUGGAGGUGCAGGAGACCAGAGACAUGAACCAGAGACUGAGAGAGCAGCUGCAGGAGGAACCACACGUACACUUGAAAGAGGAACAACAGAGAAAUGCUGAAGAACGACUGAGGCACACGGCGGCGUUGCAGGAUCUGGAGAGACAAGCUCAGGAGGACCUGCAGACAGAGAGGAACAGACUACACAGUCUACACCUGUUACAGCUAGAUAAGCAGGGUGCAGAGCUGAGCCAGCAGUACACAGAGUGGAGUAGACAGUUGACCCAGAGACACAUGAAACACAUUGAAGACCUGCAGACUGAACUACACACACACACGGAGAUGACGGCCCUGCAACAGGACUUGAAGCAACAGAACCAGUACCAGGUGUUUGAGCGUCAGCUGGAUGAGAGUCGCUGUGCCGUUCUGGGACUACAGAGGGAGAACGCUGUACUGAGGGAACAGCUGAGGUCAGGAGAGGAGGAGCUGAGAAGAGAAAGAGAAGUGAAGGAGAGAGAGGAGGAAGCACUGGAGCUGGAGCGACUGAGAGAACACAUGGAGAGACUGGAAGAGGCUCAGAAACAAAGGGAGAAACAGAGAGAAGAAGAGAUGAGAGAAGAGGAGGCGAAGGAGGAGGAGGAGAAGAGGAGAGAGGAGGAGGAGAGGAGAGAGGAGGAGGAGGAGAAGAGGAGAGAGGAGUUGAAGAGCGAGCACAGGAAAGCGAUACAGAGUCUGGUGUGUGAAUACAGCAACUCUCAGACACAGCUACAGGCUCGCAUAGUGGCCCUGGAGACAGAGCUGCGGGAGCGGGAGGAGAGGUGCAGGAGGAGAGAGGUUCCUCUCUGUGAUGAUCUCCAGAUGGGGAGACUACAGGAGAGACUCACUGAGAGAAACCAGCUCAUCAAACGCCUGGUGGAGGAACGACAUCAACUGCAGCUUCAUCCUCCGGUUGCCGGGGACAACGGAACCCUCAGGCUCCAUGACAACAGGCCACACCCCGGGAACGUUACACCAACUAUGAGGAGGAAGCGUCUGGAGGAGUCUCCGCCCCAUGUCACCAGCGUUCCGAACCUCAGCGCCUAUGAGAGGAGCCUCCUACUCCCCCACGACACCCCCUCCCCCUCCCUCCCCCAACAUCCCUCCCCCUCCUCAACUCUGUCCUACGCCUCCUCCUCUCUCCCUCGUUCCUCCCCCUCCCUCCCCCGUACUCCCAGGUCUCCCAGUAUGGAACCCAGUGGUCGCGGCCUUCCCUCUCGUACCCUCACCCCC